GACGGCACCGAGUCGCCAUGCAGUGCUCCCUUCCAGCUGGUCGGGCCGCCGCACGUCUGCGACGGACGGCCACGGCCUGCAGUGGCGCCGGGCCCGACUCGUCUGACCCCGUCGCCGCCGCCGGAGCCGCAGCCUAUGCGGCGAGAAAACUCCGCGCAGACUGCGCUGCCGCCGCACACCGCAGUCGCGUCUGGCUCUAGCAAGCGCAAGGCCGGCACGCCCACAGCAGCCGCAGGCGCGAAGCGUGCGCGGAAGCAGAAUGGGCAUGGCGAUGAGAAGGAGGAGGAAGAGGAGGAGGCGGAGCAGGAGGACGAGGCAGAGGCGAGUGCUCCGGGCGUGCGGAGGAACGGCAAGGUGGCGACACCGAGCAAGGUCAAGGCGUCGACGCCCGCGCCGUCGGGCACGCCAGCUGCCGGCAGCAGCCGAGAUGCCGAUGUCGUCAACAGCAAGAAGAAGAAGAAGAAAGGUCCGCAGGGCAAGGAUGCCAAAGACGGCGGCAAGUCGGGCGGCAAGGGCGCUGCCGCCGUGCGCGUUCCAUCGUUGAGCACCAAGGCGAAGGGCUGCGAGGUGCCGGACUCAAGCGUGCGACGACUGGUAGGCCACAAUGGCGAGGUCUUCGUCUCGUCGUGGAACCCGUCUGUGCCCGGUCUCCUGGCCUCCGGCGCCGCGGACGCCACAGUGCGGAUCUGGGAUUUGAGCGAUGAUGCAGACGAUGGCGGCGCGCCGACAGUGUGCAAGCACCUGCCGGCCACGCAUGCCAAGGACGUCAGCGCCCUCGACUGGAACCCGGACGGCACGCUGCUCGCAUCUGGCUCGUACGACGGCAUCCUGCGCCUGUGGACGCCGCAAGGAGACCUCCACCUCGUCAUGAGCAUGCACCAGGGCCCGAUCUUCGCCGUGCGCUGGAACCGGAAGGGCAAUCUUCUGCUGACCGGCUCUGCGGACGGCACGGCGAUCGUUUGGGACCUGAACAGUGGCAAGGUGCGGCAGCAGUUCUCGACGCACUCGGACUCGGUGCUCGACAUCGACUGGCUCUGCGGCUCCCGAUGGGCAACGGCGCACCCUGGUUCCUCACCCUCGGCAGCGGCCGACGGAACGCUGGCCACGUGCAGUGCCGACAACAGCGUCAAUCUGCUGCGGAUAGGCGAGUCGCGGCCGGUGCGGACGCUGCGCGGGCACAGCGACGAGGUCAAUGCGAUCCGCUUCAACGCCUCGGGCUCGCUGCUGGCGUCGGCCUCCGACGACAUGACGUGCCGCAUCUGGGACAUGGACGUGAUACUCGGCGCUGACUUUGCCGCGCCCUCUGUGGCCUUCCCGGCGUCCACGCACGCGCCGCAGCCUGACCAAGCCGCGAGCAAGGCGGUGCUGCGAGGGCAUACGAAGGAGCUCUAUGCUGUCGCGUGGGCGCCGCCGGGCUCGCAGGCGGACAGUGCUCGGCUCGUCGCUACGUCCAGCUUCGACCGGACCGCUCGCCUGUGGAACGCAGACGACGGCAGCUGCAUCCGCACCUUCGCCGAGCACACCGACUCUGUCUACGCGAUCUGCUUCUCGCCCGACGCGCGGUAUAUGGCCACCGGCGGCAUCGACCAGCGGGUCUAUGUCACGCGAGUGGAUGUGAGUUUGCGCAAUACUGAUGGACCUGCCAUGCCGCUCACCCACCUCUCUGCGCAGGAUGGCACGAUCGUCAAGGCGUACGCCGGCGGAGGUGGUGUGAUGGACCUGUCCUGGCACCUCGAGCGCUCCGGCUCUGCGCUCAAGCGCAGCGCCAGCGAUGGCGAGACGCACGUCAACGGUCGCAGCUCGAGCUCCCGCGCCGACGCAAUGGACGAAGACGGCGCUCCUGCCACUGCUAGCGGAGCAGCAAAUGCAUCGCCGAACGCCGACGCGAGCAAGAAGAGCGCGCCGACACAACGACUGGCGGUCGCGCAGAGCGACCGCGCGCUGGUGGUGCUCGACCUCUCCGAGCUGGACUGAAUGCCUGCCCGGGCCACCUGGCCGGUGCGUCUGGCACUGGCCGCAACCAUGCGCGCGGCACCACCUCGACACUCUCUGGAUCGCACGCACGAGUCCUUGCACUUUCUCCGCCUUCGCCACGCCUUGGUCCUGCUGCUUCCGCAGCACUGCUCUGCACUCGCACUGCGGAGGCAGCAUCACCACUGACGUCGCUCGGACCCGUGCUCGGCGCGCCUUUGCUUUCUCAUACCUUUCUCCAACCUGUACUAGUC